AUGCUCAAUACACAAGAGCUUCGGCAGCAGAUUGAUGCCCUCGCAUCUGAGAUCACUCAAGAAAAAAAACUGAGUGGUGCAUCAAGUGACAAAUGCAAGGCACUCAUCAAGCAAAUGGCUGAAUUGAGGGGAAAACUCCCUAAGGAUGAAAAGAAAAAGGAGAAGUGCGUGGAACCAACUUACUUUGAAUCUCGCUUGGAAAUGGUAACUCAAAUGGGACUUUUGGGGAGUGCUUAUCCUCACAAGUUUGAACAGCAACUCACGAUCCCUGAAUUCAAGGAUAAAUACGUACCGCAGUUGAAGACACCUGGUGAUAAAGUGAAUGAAAUUGUUUCUAUUGCCGGCCGCAUUAUUAACAAACGUAGUUCGGGAUCCAAGCUCCACUUUAUCAAUAUCCAAGGGGAUAUGAGUCUCUUGCAAAUUAUAUCAUCGGUGGCUGAUUAUACCGAUGCAGAAGAAUUUAGCCUGAUUCAUUCUAGAAUUAAGCGUGGGGAUAUCAUCGGCAUCGAGGGGUAUCCGUCGCUUUCGAAAACAAACGAGUUUUCGUUGAGUGCCACUAAAAUUACGCUUCUGUCCACUUGCUUUCACAUGCUUCCUGACGACUACUUUGGAUUGAGCUCAAUUGAACAGAGAUUUCGUCAACGUUAUCUCGACUUUAUUGUGAAUCGAGAUAACAUCAAAAAUUUUAUCACUCGCUCAAGAAUUAUUAAAUAUGUACGAAAAUUCUUGGAAGAGCGUAAUUUUAUUGAAGUUGAAACACCUGUGCUCAACCAAAUAGCUGGUGGUGCAGCCGCACGUCCAUUUGUCACGCAUCAUAAUGAUCUGAACGAAAAAAUGUACCUCCGUAUUGCACCGGAACUUUACUUGAAGGAACUUGUUGUAGGCGGGAUGGAUCGCGUUUUUGAGCUAGGAAAACAAUUUCGUAAUGAAGGAAUCGACUUGACCCACAACCCUGAAUUUACAAGUGUCGAGGCAUAUUGGGCUUACCAUGAUUAUAAUGAUUGGAUGUUGACAACAGAAGACCUCCUCUAUAGCCUUGCUGUGGAAAUUCACGGCUCGCCCUUUGUAAAGUACACUCCAAAGGAUUCAGAGGGCAAAAUAAUUACUGAAGUAACUUUGAAUUUUAGUAAACCCUUUAAGCGACUUCAUAUCAUUCCAGAGUUGGAACGACGACUCAACAUUUCUUUCGAAAAUGUGAAUUUCGAAGCCGAUGAAACUAUCUCUUUUUUGAUUAAUUUAUGCAAGAAGCACAAUGUUGAGCCUGUUCCACCAUUCACUGUUCCUCGACUUUUGGAUGCCCUAAUUGCCGAAUUUCUGGAGCCUGAAUGUGUUGAUCCAUGCUUUAUCUGCGAUCAUCCACGUGUUAUGUCUCCCUUAGCGAAAUGGCACCGCAAUGACCCUCGUUUAACGGAGCGCUUUGAGCUUUUCGUCAAUAAGAAAGAGCUUGUGAAUGCUUAUACCGAACUAAACAACCCUAUUGUUCAGAGAAAUGAAUUUAUGAAGCAACUAAAAAAUCGUGAUAAAGGUGAUGAUGAAGCUAUGCAAAUUGAUGAAGGCUUUGUUACUUCACUCGAGUAUGGUUUGCCACCUACAGGAGGCUGGGGCCUCGGUAUUGAUCGGUUGGUAAUGCUGAUGACUAAUCAAGCUAACAUAAAGGAAGUCUUGUUGUUUCCUGCCAUGAAAUCUGAAGGGAAGAGCUCAGCCACUUACCCACCUGGUACUCUAUUGAAUGGUCAGGGAGUUCCCCUUGUUUCAAUAGAAUAG